AUGUGGUUCACAGUAGCCUUGAUCACUGCCAUAUUCUUCUCCAUUGCCUCGGGACAAAACGCAUUCGCCGGUGCAGUGGGCUUUGGAGCGGCUGCGACUGGAGGCAAUGAUGGAACGACAGUUUAUGUCACAAAUCUCAACGAUUCCGGGACAGGCUCAUUUCGUGAUGCGGUCAGUGAGUCCAAUCGCAUAAUCGAAUUUAAUGUCAGCGGGUAUAUUGAGCUAGCUUCAGCUGUCUCGCUAUCAAGCGAUAUUACCAUAAACGGCCAGACAGCCCCGGACGAUGGCAUUGGGAUCAUGGCAGGUGAAGUGUCGGCAUCUGGUCAAAAUAAUAUCAUCAUCCGCAAUCUACGUAUCAGACAGGGGACUCUCGACUCGGACACUGGCAAGAGCGCAUUUAACAUGGGGGAUACGUCAAAUAUCAUCCUUGACCACUGCUCAUUUGAAUACGGCCAGUGGGAUACAGUCGAUGCCGUUGGGGCGGUAAACAUUACUGUAUCAAACUCAAUAAUUGCCUUACCUAUCGGUCAACAGUUUGGAGCCCAUGUCGAGACAGGACCGUCCACGUUUUACGGCAAUCUAUGGGUGAGCGCACAUAACCGACAGCCUCUCGCAAAAGAUAACACUCAGUACAUCAAUAAUAUCGUAUACAACUACCAAGCAGCAUAUACAACUGCAGAUACCAGUGGAGACUUCUACCACGAUAUCAUCAAUAAUUACUUCAUUGCUGGUCCUAGUACUACAAGUUCUGGAGACGCGUUCUUUCAAGUCAAUGCCGGUCAAACAGUUUACGCUUCUGGAAACUUUAUUGAUAGCAAUAAGGAUGGUACAUUAAAUGGAGAGGCUGAUAAUACGGUUGGGGGUGCGACGGUGGCUAGCACUCCCUGGGCAGAUACAUCUCUUAAUAUGGCCAUGCUUUCUGCUGCUGAGGCCUACACUUCUGUUUUGGAAAACGCAGGUGCCACGCCUCGAGACGAAGUUGAUUCAUAUGUCGUUUCUCUCGUCAAGUCUCUUGGUACCGAGGGGGCAAUAAUCGGCAGCCAGGAUGAUACAGGAUUGUCAAAUGGUGGCUAUGGAACGCUAUAG